AUGGGAAAUACACAAUCUAAUGGAAACAUUGAGUUACAAAAAGCAGAUAAUAGUAUACAAUCUUCAGAAUCUUCACAAUCUUCACAAAGUGAACUGACAACUCCUGUUACUUCUGUUCGGUCAAUAAAAAAUUCAUUCCGUGAUUUCGGUUCAAAUUCACCGUUUGUUGGUUCACCUUUACUUUCACAUGAAGAAUAUAAAAGAUUAGAAGAUAUAUGUUUUGGAAAUAGUCAAAAUGAGUUUUAUCCAUCAAGUUAUAAUGAAGGAGAUAUUUUUACUGGUGGAGAUGGUUCGUCAAGAGCUAUUUCAAUUCGGCGCCCUGAACCAUCUUACAAGAAUUCAAAUAGAGUCAUACAUGAUUUUAGUUCAAGCGGAGGUUUAGCACCAUUGACAAGAGCUAAUGGACAAGGUACAAAAAACAAAGGAGUCCCUACGAUUAUUACUUGGAGUCAAGGUGGUAAUAAUGUCUAUGUGACUGGAACUUUUAAUGAGUGGAAACGUAAUGUCAGAUUAUGUAAAAGUUCUAAAGAUUUUACUACGAUUUUGAAUUUACCUCCGGGAACCCAUAAACUUAAAUUCAUUGUUGAUGAUGAAUGGAAAUGCUCAAAUGAGCUUUCAACUGCUACCGAUCCAGAUGGAAACUUGGUAAAUUAUUUAGAAGUAUUUGAAGAGGAAGGAGAUUCUAUGGAUCAGAAUGGAAUGAACACGGAUGAUCUUAUGUCAAGCACGCCUCCUGGAGAAUAUACAAAUGAAAUCCCAGGAUACCUUCUUGCAUAUGCACAUUCUCGUAAUAUCAUUGAAAACAACCUUGAUAAUUCUACAUCAAUAAGAGUUCCCCCUGAGUCUCCAGGGAGCAUGACAGAAGAUCAACCACCAGCCCUACCACCACAUCUGGAAAAGGUUUUACUAAAUAGCUCAGCAGUUUCGAAGGAGGAUAAUAGUGUUUUGCCAGUGCCCAAUCAUGUAGUGUUGAACCAUUUAUAUGCUUGUUCAAUAAGAGACGGUGUGAUGGCUGUCGCCACUACAGCAAGAUAUAGGAAAAAGUAUGUGACCAUCGUAUUUUACAAACCCAUUGUUAUAUGA